CGAACCCGUCCGGCCCCGCUGCGCCCUGUGCCAAGGGCCGCUGUCCCCCCGCGGUACCGGCGGGCCUCCGCUCCGCCCACCGCCGCGUGCCGGGGCCGCCCUGUCCUGGCGCCGGGCGGAACAGCUGCCUGCUGGCUGGGGGUUUGCGUGAAAAGGGGCUUGAAUCCUUCCGGCCCGUGUCAGUUCAGUGGCAGCACGGAAAACCGUAGAGGCGUGCUGUCUCUGGGAAAUGGAAGAUACAUCGGAUAGGUGCUUUCAUGUUGUUGGAACGGAAGGGUCAGGUGCAGAGCAACCAUCUGCAUCCUCAGAAAGAGCAGGCAGAGAGGCCAAGAACGGGGACCCGGCAGAGGAACCUUUGCUUUCGGGAGCUGCAGGCACUGUGCAGCCAGAGGAGGACAGCGAGCAGCAGGCAGCUCGCAAGGAACAGGAACAGUCAAGUGUAACACAGCAGGGGCGACCUGGAGAAGGACCAGGCAACCCAGAAGUGAUUGGAAAUAACAAACAAGAUGUGUUUGAGCCAGGUGCCCCAUUCAGAGCAUCAUUUGAGAGCACAUCUCCAGUUACAAAUGAGAACUGUUCUACUUUACCUGAAGUAAGAAAUUCAGAAAGAGAAGAAGAAACAUCUCAAAACUCAGUACUAUCAGAGAAUACUGCAAGUGGGGCAGUAACAGGAAGUGUGAUUGAGGACAAUGAAACUCUUAGGAGCACUGGGGCUAACCUUGAUGAAACUAUCCAGUCUGAGAAGUUGUGUCUUGAUCAGGAACGUUUUCCUGGGAAAGCAGUUCAAGAGGAUUACCAUAUGCCCGAUGUCAUAACUGUUAGAGUGCAAACAGAUUCUGAUUCAUUCCAAGAUGUAGUUGUAAAAAUUGAAAGACCUACCUAUCAAAAACCAUUUCUGGGUGGAUUUAAAAACAAGAUAACAGGAGUGGAAUUUCAUAAUGCAGGAUCACAAACUAUACCCAAAAAACGACUUGACAAAGGAAUUCAGUUAUUUUGUAGGGAAACUCAGACUGUUUUUGAAAAAAAUAAGUCACAACAAACAAACAAUACAACAUCAACACAGAUGACUAAAGUUGGCCUGUAUGUGUCAGUCGUGAGUGACAAAAUAAUAAGUCCUGGAAAGUAUCUUACAGCAGACGAAUACCAUGAACGUAGACUGAAAGCAGUAAUAGUAUUACAGAAAUAUUUCCGUCGCUGGCAUGCUAUGAAUAUAGUACAAAAGCUGAGGGAAAAAAAGAGGUUAAGGCUGACAUGGGAGGCACAAGAAGAGUUACAGAAAAAAAAAGCAAAAGAAAAAAAACUGAGAAGGGAGAAUGAGCGAAGACUGAACCCUAAAACAAAAGAAGACUUUGAGCUACUGUACCAUGCUUUAGAACUAUGGAGGCAGGAGGAGACUGAACGGAUUAACAGAACUUAUACUGGAGCUGAAAGAAAGGCAGCAUUGUGUGGACUCCUGGAAGAAGAGGCACAGCUGAUUGCUUCCAUUGGGAGACACAAACUAAAUGCAGAUGAGGAGAAUCAACAUAAAGCAAUACUGAACUUUCUGGAUAAGUGUACACAACCUAAGAGAUGGAAAGCGUAUGAUGGAAAAAUCACUGAAAUGGAUACACCGAACAUACUCCGUGCCAGAGAACUACUUGAAAUCUACAACAGCAUUAGCAUGAAUGACAUCCCAAAAGAUGAGAGAAUGGAUGUGCUGGGAAUACUCAGACUUAGAAUGAAGGAACAUGAAUGUAAAUUAACACAGGAAAUAUUGGAGUUAAUUGACAGGGAAGUUGAUCUUAUGUCGAGAGAGGUGAAAGAAUGCAACUUAGAAGGACUGAGGAAAAGAAUUUGUACAUUAUUUCUUCAGUAUGUUAAAACUCCAAAGUUUAACCCUGAAGUUGCUAAGAUACUUAAGGUUCCACCAGAUCCCUUAAAGCUUUAUAAAAAUGUUAACUUCUGUCACAGUUGUGAAAGUUACUUACCAUCUACUGAGUUUCCUGUUCCUGCUAAUUCCUGCACCUUUGGCAGAUGCCACUUGUGUUGCAAGCUUGAUAAUGAGGCUCGGCAACGAGAUGCAUAUUUGAAGUACAAACUUCUACUAGAAAAUCUCAGAAGGUCUGAAGUUGAUUAUCAGGAUGAUGCUAAAAUUGUUUUCUUAGUUCAGCAUCAAGAUCUGCAGUACAUGAUUGAGAACAUAUGGGGCUGUCAGUCAGCUCUCAGUGCCUGCAGUGACCUCUAUGAUUUGGUUAUGGUCAGAUGGGAUAAGCGGCAUGAGUGGUCUCCGUGGAACACUAUUCUCCUCACUAAAGAUGAGGCAGAUGAACAUCUUAAGCUGUGUGACCUUGAGAAGGCUUAUGAAGCAGAAUUUAUUAACAGAAUAAAACGUAAGCAUAUCCGCACAAAAAAACACUUUGCUCAGAUUCCAGCGAUGGCAUCAUUUUUGCAUAGGAGUGACAAUUAGGCUAAUGCAAAUGAAUUUUUAGUAGCGACACCUAUUCCUACUGGCACAAAACCAUAACUUGUAGGCGAAGUUAACUGAAGUUAAAGAGAUCAACUGAAUUACUGAUUAAUACCAUUUCUUUGGUUUUAAAGAAAUGUACUUUUUCAUUAAUACUUUAAUUGUAUUACACAGACCAAAAUAAACUUCUGACGAUAAAGUAAUUUGAUCUUGACCAGUCAAUAUAACUGCAUUUCAUGUUUCAUAACGUCGUUAUUUAAAGAGCAAAAUGUUGUUGAUGAGCUUUGUAAAUUCUGUAUCUUUUAGAGUGGCUGUCUUUCUGUGUAUGCCUGUGUUGCCUGGAACAUUCUGUCUGUCGUGUAAUAUUACUCUUGGGGAAUUAACCUUUUAGUUAGAAAAAUAAUACUAUAAGCACCAUAUUAAAUUUGUUUUUCUUGUCUUUAGCAUAUAAGCCAGAAAACCCCUCAUACCUGAAUUCCUGCAGAAGACCAGAAUUGAUAUGCCCUUCCAAAUAUAGCUGCUUUGCCUUGCAAAUGUUUGUGCAAAAGAAUAACUUUACUUUUUAUAGCUCAUCUUGAUGGUCAUAGUGGCACUGCCACUAUGUAAUUGUCAUAUCCAAGAUCUUGAAAUUAUUGUAAAUCAGACCCAUAUUUUGAAAUACACAAUAUAGACUAUUUGGAGCAUGUUCAUUUUUUGAGGAGCUUGUGUAAUCUAAAGUAGAAGUAAAUUCUCUCCAUAAACUUA